AUGGCAGUGAAAUUGGAGCACCUAGGUUUGGUCCAGCACCAGGCCAGCAUCAUGAAGCAGUUGCGUGACCUCUGGCACGACGGGCGAUUUUGUGACCUUGCACUGCGGAGCCGUCAUGGCAUUGAGCACCGCGCCCACGCAGCCGUGCUAUUUGUGACCAGCAAGUUUUUCAAAACUUUGCUCAGUGGAUCAUUUUUGGAGAGUGAACAGGUGCAACAAGGCCGGGCAGUCGAAAUCGCAGCUUCCGAUGCAGCGGUGGCUGCCUUGCUUGAUUAUGUCUGUGGCGGUCAGCCUGCGGUGUCGGUCGAGGACUCCAGUGAGCUCCUGCAAAUAGCAGAUGCUUGUGGGUUGUCAAAGUUAGCCGAGUCUACUGAGAAGGGACUCCGUGCAUCUCUGAACAUAGCGCCUGUGGCCACUGCACUGAAAGUCUUGCUCGAAACUCAAGGGUUGUAUGAGUUGAAGGCGAUUUGUGAGGAGAAAAUCGCUGCGAACUUUGAGGCGUCCAGCAGGAAGAGUUUCUCAUGCUCAGCGUUGGCCAACUUGGACGAAUUCUGCAAAGAGACGACUUGCACGUGUCUCGCGAGGAGGUGA